UCACACUUGAGUGUAAGCUUUCAUCAAAGUAUAAUACAUCAAAAUUCUUAAGAUAGAAGCAACGCCUGAGAUGAUGUCAUGUCCAUAUAGACAGGCCACCACAACCGCACCCCUUGCAGAAAUCAAUUACCAUAGAUAGUAGGCUCCAAUAAAGCUUGCAGACCUCCUAGUUCAAUUUCCCUUCACAUCGCUAAUGAAAUAUAACACUUCUCCUUUAAGAACAAAACCCAUGUAAAGAGAUGGCAACUUUUUACCUUAAUCUAGCUCUGAAAACAGAAAUGCAUCUGAACCACUGCAUCAGGACCAGUCCGCUGAUAACCCUAUCAUCGAGUAAAUCUCUCCCCUCUGCACAACCCAAUACACCGCCACCCACCAGCUUCUCAAAUCUUCCAUCUCCUGCUCCCACGACCACAAGAUGCCUACCACCAAGUCUCCCUUCCCCGUCACCCGGCAACGUUUAGACGCUCUGAUUGACUAUCAACUCCAUUCCUCCCCGUCACGUCGCUCUCUACCUAGACAUCGACCUGGUCCGAUUCCUUGCUUCCCUUCGCAUGCAUCCUCUGCAAAGGAAAGACCGAAAUUCAAUCCUCCGGCGCUGCAUCAAUUCUCGCUAAUCUCUCCUCCGCCGGCGCUGCCGUCCCCUACAAAUCGUCUGCCUAUAAUCGAUGGAAAUCGUGAGAUAAAUGGAGAUUUGCCAAUCGCCACAGAGCUACCUAAACCCAAAUUUGAGGGUCCAAAUCGGCGUGGCACAUGGAGCUUAGAGAAGGCAGACAUGAUUUUGGUGGGAGUUAUGGCGAUGGAUGGGGUCAACCAUGUUUUUGUGAAGAAUCGGUACAGCAGAGACUUCUGCUGAGACGUGGCCAGUGUUGAAGCCAAAGGAAUAUUAGUUGUUAUUGAACUCCCAGGGGAACAACUUCGUCAUUGCCAGCUUAAACACAUUAAUUGCAAGGUACCAUUAACGUACGUUUACACAUGGAUUAUGGAUCACUCAUACAGACAUCAUGGAUAAGAUCACUUUUUCCAUCUGUUUAUCCUUUCUUUCCAUGUAUAUAAGCGUACAUCCCUUUGUGAUUUAUUUAUUCAACAUGAAAUACAAUGUGGUGUACAUA